UUGAUGACGACAGCUUGUGUGACUGGGAGCAAGCCCGGGAUGACAAAUUUGACUGGACAUUUCAGACAGGACCUACACAGUCAGGGACACAGGCCCUGAUGAUGACCACACCCUAGGAAAUGGGCAAGGAAAGUACCUAUAUAUAGAAUCGUCUUCACCAAGAAAAAUGAACGACGACGCAGCGCUACUGUCACAUAUUUUACCAGCUUUGCAACAAAGAUGUCUCACGUUCUGGUACAACAUGUAUGGGGACGGGAUAGGCAAUCUUAAAGUGUACCUACAGGACAUGUGUAAAAAUGGUCAAAGGGAGAUGUUCAAGGUGUCAGGUGACCAAGGACAGAGUUGGAAACAAGCUGUUAUAUCCAUUCCUGUAUCGUCAGUUCCUAACGAUUACAAAAUUAAAAUUGUAGCAGACGUAGGACCAACUUACCAUGGAGAUAUUUCCAUUGAUGACGUCAUAAUCAGUACUAAAACCUGUUCUGAUUUGACACAAGGAGGUGUUUCAAUGAUAGGUAAUUAUACAUUUUUUUUUUCAAUAAUAAGGUAUCAGGCUAUUUCUUUACAAAAUCCAACAGAAUUGAGUGGGCAGUCAUAGCGCAGACUGAAUAUCUUUCUUCUCUUUCUUCAUCAUUGAGCUCAGUAGGGGCCUCCGUGGCUAAGUGGUUACGGUCGUUGACUUCAAACCACUUGCCCCUGAUCGGUGUGGGUUCGAGCCUCACUCGGGGCGUUGAAUUCUUCAUGUGAGGAAGCUAUCCAGCUGGCUAACGGAAGGUCGGUGGUUCUACCCAGGUGCCCGCUUGUGAUUAAAUAAUGCAUGGAGUGGCACCUGGGGUCUUCCUCUACCAUAAAAGCUGGAAAGUCACCAUAUGACCUAUAAUUGUGUCGGUGCGACGUUAAACCCACCUAGCAAUUUUCCGUUCAGUUCGUUGUAAAGAGGUUCCUACUCUAGAGAGGCUAGAAUACUAAUAGAUUGGGCUUUUCUGUAAAGAAAUAUUAAUGUGUAAUAUGUCCGGGUUGUAAUAAGUAUUGCCCGUACUGCUCCGGGCUAUGAUUAGUAAAACCUCGUAUUGCUCGAACUACUCCGGACAAAUUAUGAAAAUGCCUAAACAAGAAUAAACGUGUCUAGGGCGAUUAAUUCAAUCAUGUUAUUGUAAUGAAACUGAUAUUUUUCACCAGUUAAAUUCUUUCCU